AUGAAGAGAGAACUGAUUUUGCCCGCUAAGGACAGAGCAAUGCCAGAAAAACUCACUCCAGGCAUCACCGCAUGGAGCUGCUGCGGCGCGGGCGACUACCAGAGCCGGAGCCUGGCCAAGGAGCAGGCUGGCACUACCCUCUGCGGGGGGUCCUGCCGCGUCCACUGCCGUGGCGCCAGGGUGGACGUGGAGCCGCGGCCGUGGGACAGAUGUGGAGCCACCACCGUGGCGUUCUCCCUCAACGAGGACCCCCAAGCAUCCAGCAUGAAAGAAUGGGAGUUCAUGGCUCGGGCGGCCACAUCCUCAAACCCGCUGGUUACUAGCGCCCAGCUGGUGCUGCGGGGCCUUGCUCUCCUCGGGGACUGGCCUCACGUGCCCUCUCAGAGAAGCCACAUGCCAGCCGGAGAUCCAGUUGCCGUGGCUGGACUGGCUGUAGCUCAGACCAGUGUGGUCAGCCUGGAGGGGGCCCGGCCGCAGCCCCCCGGGCCGGACCCCCCGGGCCGCGGGGGCCUGUCCGUCCCCGAGCACGGCUACUGCCAGCCCAUCUCCAUCCCGCUGUGCGCCGACCUGGCCUACAACCAGACCAUCCUGCCCAACCUGCUGGGCCACACGAGCCAGGAGGACGCGGGGCUGGAGGUGCACCAGUUCUACCCGCUGGUCAAGGUGCACUGCUCGCCCGAGCUGCGCUUCUUCCUCUGCUCCAUGUACGCGCCGGUGUGCACGGUGCUGGAGCGGGCGCUGCCGCCCUGCCGGGCGCUGUGCGAGCGGGCCCGGCGGGGCUGCGAGGCGCUGAUGAACAAGUUCGGCUUCCAGUGGCCCGACGCGCUGCGCUGCGAGCAGUUCCCGGUGCACGGCGCCGGCGAGCUGUGCGUGGGCCAGAACGCGUCGGCCCAGGGCGCCGGGGCAGAUCCGGACGGCCGCCAGGCGGCGCCACCGCCCGCGCCCUCGCGCCGCCCCGAGUUCUGGACCAGCCAUCCGCACGUGGGCCGGGCCGGCGUGGCGCCCCCCGGCGGCGGCCCGGGCCCGGGGGGCGGCCCGGGCCCGGGCCCGGGGGGCGUCGGGGCGGCCCCGGCCCCCGGCUCCUUCUUCUUCUCCUGCCCCAGGGCGCUGCGCGUCCCCGCUCACCUCAACUACCGCUUCCUGGGCCAGCCGGACUGCGGGGCCCCGUGCGAGCCGGCCCGCGCCCACGGGCUCCUCUACUUCGGGCCCGAGCAGCUGCGCUUCUCCCGCGCCUGGAUCGGGGCCUGGUCGGCGCUGUGCUGCGCCUCGGCCCUCUUCACCGUGCUCACCUACCUGCUGGACGUGCGGCGCUUCAGCUACCCGGAGCGGCCCAUCGUCUUCCUGUCGGGCUGCUACGCGGCCGUGGCCGGGGCCUACCUGGCGGGCUUCGCGCUGGGCGACCGCGCCGCCUGCAACGAGCGCUUCGCCGCCGACGGGGCGCGCACCGUGGCGCAGGGCACCAAGCGCGAGGGCUGCACGCUGCUCUUCAUGACCCUGUACUUCUUCGGCAUGGCCAGCUCGGCCUGGUGGGUCGUCCUGUCCCUCACCUGGUUCCUGGCGGCCGGGCUCAAGUGGGGCCACGAGGCCAUCGAGGCCAACGCCGCCUACUUCCACCUGGCCGCCUGGGCCGUGCCGGCGGCGCAGACGGCGGCGGCGCUGGCGCUCGGCCAGGUGGACGGGGACGUGCUGAGCGGCGUGUGCUUCGUGGGGCUGCGCAGCGUGGGCGCCCUGCGCGGCUUCGUGCUGGCGCCGCUGCUCGCCUACCUGGCGCUGGGCACCGCCUUCCUGCUGGCCGGCUUCGUGGCCCUCUUCCGCAUCCGCACGGCCAUGAAGCACGGCGGCGGGCGCACGGACAAGCUGGAGCGGCUCAUGGUGCGCCUGGGCGUGUUCAGCGUGCUCUACGCCGUGCCCGCCGCCGCCGUCCUGGCCUGCCACUUCUACGAGCAGGCCUUCCGCGCCCAGUGGGACCGCCGCUGGGCCGCGCAGAGCUGCAAGAGCUUCGCCGUGCCCUGCCCGCCGCCGCCGCUGCCCGCCGGCCCCGACUUCGCCGUCUUCAUGCUCAAGUACCUCAUGACCCUGGUGGUGGGCAUCACGUCGGGCUUCUGGGUGUGGUCGGGCAAGACGCUGCAGGCCUGGCGGCGCUUCUACGCGCGCCUGGCGGCCCGCGGGAAACAGGGGGAGACCGCCGUCUGAGGCCGGCCAGGGGAGUGCCGCCGAGGGUCUGCGCGGCGCCUCCGCCGCCCAAGGGCCGGUG